CGUGCGCGCACGCAUAUUAUGGACUGCAACCUGCUAAUUCCUGUUAGACUCUCAUACACAGCCUGUAAGAGUAGGUGACCGUCACUGACACCACUUCAACUAUUAAAGGGCGGCUUUUGUCGGUGCGCAGCGUUGGGAAAUCGUAUAUUUUGGAGAGCAAACAUAUCCGCUUAAAGUAAAAUGGCUUGUUUCAGAGGACUUGCUAUUCUUUUAUUGAUGAGCUUCGUAUCAAACGGUGUCUUUUGACCGACUUACCGGAGCGCUCAGAAUAAAGUUUCUCAUGGUGCACUUUAUCCUGAAGCAGCACCGCGCGCUACGGGAAUCAGAAAUGAAAGCAGGACCGACACUAUUUUGCACAUUUCUCUUAAGGAAGUAUUUCAGAUGGCUUGAUUCACGUGUCUUUUCUCGCUUUUGAUCUGCGGCUACGACCGAUAACCGCGCGCUCGGACGGACUUUGGUGUAGGUUACCAUUACGCCUAUUUUACAUUUGGAUAGGCGACUGAAGCUCCAAGCCAGACACACUUGGGACUCCGGAGAGCACAGCGCGACAACACCAUGACCAGCUGCUGGCUUGCCUUGGUCGGAUUGUGGUGGAGCGCUUAUUACUGCAUGUUCCUGGUCGCGGGGAGUAAUUAUUCACUGGAUGGAAACAACGAAGUGCACCCGGGUUUCAUCCACCGACGGCUGCGAACGCACGAGAAGAGGGAGAUGCAGAAGGAGAUCCUGUCCAUCCUCGGGCUGCCGCACAGACCGAGACCACAUCUGUCACACGGAAAGUACAACUCCGCUCCACUUUUCAUGUUGGACUUAUACAACACCAUAUCUAGCGAGGAGAAAAGCCAAGUGGAAGGCAUCCUGGACCGAUAUCAGUCCAUGCGGACGACCCAGAGUCCUCCUCUGGCCACAUACCAAGAAACUGCCUUUCUGAAUGAUGCAGAUAUGGUGAUGAGCUUCGUUAAUCUCGUGGAGUACGACAGGGAGCUCUCUCCGCAGCGGCGUCACCACAAGGAGUUUAAGUUCAACCUCUUGCAGAUCCCAGAGGGCGAGGCCGUCACCGCAGCAGAGUUUCGCCUCUAUAAGGAGUGUGUGAGCCGCGCCUUCCUCAAUGACACCUUCCUACUCAAAGUCUACCAGGUUGUCAAGGAGCACCCUGACAGAGAGGCAGACCUGUUCCUGCUGGAGUCUCGCAGGCUGUGGGCAGCUGAGGAAGGCUGGCUGGAGUUUGACAUCACUGCUACCAGCAACCUGUGGGUGAUGAGCCCGGUGCACAAUCUGGGCCUGCAGGUCAGCGUGGAGACCAGCAGUGGGCAGAGCAUCAGCUCCAAGGAGGCGGGGCUCGUAGGACGUGACGGUGCGCUGGAGAAGCAGCCUUUCAUGGUGGCGUUCUUCAAAGUCAGUGAAGUGCAAAUCCGCAGCGCCCGCUCCACUGGCGGAAAACGUCGCCAGCAGAACCGCAACCGAUCCACGCAACCACAGGAGGGAUCCAGAGGGCUUGGCCCAGCAGAUUACAACAGCAGCGAUCAGAAGACGGCAUGCAGAAGACACGAACUCUACGUCAGCUUCAGAGAGCUGGGCUGGCAGGACUGGAUCAUUGCUCCUGAAGGCUACGCAGCCAACUACUGUGACGGAGAGUGCUCCUUCCCCCUCAACGCCCACAUGAACGCCACCAACCACGCCAUCGUGCAGACCCUGGUGCACCUGAUGAACCCAGAGAACGUACCAAAGCCGUGCUGUGCCCCCACCAAGCUCCACGCCAUCUCCGUGCUCUACUUCGACGACAACUCCAACGUCAUUCUGAAGAAGUACAAGAACAUGGUGGUGCGGGCCUGCGGCUGCCACUGACAGCGACGUCGAGGGCUAAUAAUUCUUGAUCGGAAGUUGGGUCGCAAAGGGCUGCAUCUGCACCAGUGACUUCUGGGUGAUGUUGACCUCAACUAGACACCAGCUCCCUGCCCAAAUCCUUUAGCCUGCAAGGAAUGGCCACCCUGAAAGAUCAUUCCCAUGUUCUAUUCAAAUAAUCUUGAACAGUGCCAAACAUCCAUCUGAUAACAUAAACAUUCUCGUCUUCAUCAUACUAAGAGGGGACCAUUAUGGAUGUCGUCUAUAGGAAACUUCGCCCUACAGUGUUGAGCCACCAAGUUGUCAAUCACCUUUUCUAUUAGCUGUGCAGUCUUCACUUCAUGGGUCUGCAACUGAGUGAGUGAAUGUGUGUGUGUGUGUAGGAUGGAGUGAAUAUAAAUUUGUAUAUUAUGUUUAUGGAAGUGUGUGUGUGUAUGAACGCCUAAAAGGCUACUGCACCUUCUCAUUCACUGAGAGGGAGAGGGCAAACUGAACUGUUUUGGGACCCGUCCGAGUGCUGCUUUCUUUUCCCUUCUCCGACAAAAGAAAAUGUGUAUAAAUGGUUUGCAUGUGAUUGGACAAUACAAACGGUUUCUUUUUCAGUGCAAACGUUAACUCAAACAAUCUAAUACUAAAUGAAUGAUACAUUGUAGUCAGUAGAUUCAUAUUUCCUUCCUCUUUGCUAAUGUAUUUUCUUCUUAAGCCAUAUUUGCCCUCCUAAAAUAUAAUAUGGACUGGACCAAAGUAACCGUAGGCUAUUUUAGUAGUGCACUGCUCCAAAUAUCCCCUCCGUGUCAAUAUUUGCCAGGCUCACGCUGAGCUGCGAUUCACCAGGCUGGUUCAACAUGAUGCAUGUUGUGGCUAAACUGAUGUUUUUCUCCAAAGAACCGAAGAAUACAGCCUUAUCCCUCCGACAUACCGCAAAUGGCCAUUUCCAUGUUGCUGCACUCGCAAAGUUAACAAACUCUUCCACCCCUGACAACCCAUCAAGAGAACGUGGAAAAAAAAUUCUGCGAGUCAAAAACAGCCGGCAGAACGGCGUCUGUGCCAGCUUUCUGAAAUUAGCCCUUUGCUUUUUCAACCCUGAGUGUAAAAUUAUGUUGAGAUUUGUGUCCAGUGGCAACGUCUUUCCAAUUGAACGUGUUACUGUGAGCUUUGAAUGACAUGGAGUUUUUUUUAGAGAACAUUUUAAUGAAAAACUAAUACCAACAGAAUCAAAAUACCUUAUGUGCCUAACCAAUCAUAAAUUACAAAAUAUACCUCUGGUAAGCUGCUGUUUACAUUUGUGAUCAUGUUUAGACUGUUUUUUUUUUGUAAAUACUUGUACAUUCUCAGCUUAUUUAUUGCACCUUUUUAUUAAAAAGAAAUAUCACAUACCUUAACAAAGACAAAUGCAAGAACAAAAUGAAAAUACAAACUUAUUUUUGAAUUUUUUAUUAUGAAAUCUCAUGUUACAACUUGCCAUUAUUCACUCUUUUUGUACAAAAUCCAUGGGUAGUGUACAACCCAUGACUCGCAAGGAAAAAAAAUACUUCUGUCACUGGAGUUCCUUAGACCAUGUGCUAUUCAUAAAAAAGUUUUACUGAAAAAAAAAACCUGCCGUUUCUCUGACUGUUUGUGUACCUGGGUUGUCAA